UGCCAACACACACACCGAAACAGCACUCGACUAGCGGGACUGAGCCGCAUUAAGCGUCUUUUCAACGCAUCAAUUUUUGUUGCUGAAGAUGUCUCUCCCCCAGCGCUUUAAACUCGUCUUCUUCGUCCCAACCGCCGCCAUGCAGACGUGCAAAAGCGCGAUCUUUGCUGCGGGCGCCGGCAAGUAUCCGGGCCCGGGUGGGUACACGGAGUGCGCGUUUACUAGUAAAGGGACGGGGCAAUUUAGGCCGGGAGAUGCUGCAAAUCCGAAUAUUGGUAAAGUGGGCGAGCUCGAGGAGGUCGAAGAGAUGAGGGUGGAGUCGAUUUGUGUAGGGAGGGAGGUUGCGGUUAAGGCUGUGGAGGCGUUGAAGAAGGCGCAUCCUUAUGAGGAGCCGGCUUACGAGGUGUAUAAGAUGGAGGAUAUGUGAAGGCAUUAGACUCCAACUAUGCCUAAAAGCAUAGCAAUAGUUUUCGAGUUCCAGGGGCCGAGCGAUCAGACCUGCCACCUAGGUAGGCUAUGAAUGCACGAUACCAAUUUCCUCUUUGCUUUUCUUCCAGCCUUUAACAACAUUGAUCAAGGCUUGCUUGAUGAUGGGCAGAUCUCUC